ACCGCUGUUCGUAAAACUGAUCAAUAAUAUAUUAAACUAUCCAUAUGUUCUCAGAGGGACAUUUUUGUUUUAAAAAAAAAUGUCAGAAAAUUUAAUCAAAAUUUCUUGUUGUAUAAUAAUAGAAGGAAAAUUGAAAAAAAUUUUGAUUUACAUAUUCCCUGUUUUCUCAGAGUUACUCUUUUGCCGCUUUUGCUAUAUCGACUUAUAAUUCAAGUAUUAAGGGGACUAAGAAAUGCUUCCAUCUGCGCUCCACCAUAGAGAUCAUUAGAUACGUGCUAGUUUGAUUUUUUAUUGUAAAACAAACCCUAGUGCAUAAAAAAGUGCAAUUUUUAACAGCGACUUAUGUGUAGGCCAUAAAAUCAAAAACAAACAUACGUUUCGCAUUCUAUUUGAAAGCACAUAAGUAGUUUACACCUGUUGAAAAGUAUACCGAAAGUGAGUGAUUAAUACUGAAUAUGAUAAGCAUAAAAAAAUCGGUGUAUAUGUGAAAAACUACGAUGGCCCUGAAGGUUCAUUGUGCGCACGCACAAAUUUCCUCAACGCGCACCAUUCCAGGGAACAUAAGUGCUUUAAUUUACGCGCGCUCAAGUUAUAGUCUUGCACGCACAGCUUUGAUGCACGCACCAUUGUAUUAAUACGCGCAAGGAAAAAUUCAUUCACGCCCGCGAGAGCAUUUUGGCACAAAUUUAAUCGAUAUUUUCCAUCUGGUCCUGAUUUUGUUAAAUUUUCAUUGCUUUGUUUGCGGGGCAGGAAACAACAUGGCGACAUCGUAUCUGCCUUGUUUAAGUUCAAAAUGUUUUGAUAGAGAUGCUUUAAUAACUUCUUACUUUGGACAAGGCUUUAGUAAUCUAGAAAUCCUGGGAUUCUUAGCAGCACAGCAUGAUGUGUUUAUGAGUUUGUCUACCUUGAAGAGAACGCUUUCCAAGUUGGGACUGUAUAGACGACAUCCGGCUAAGAUCGAAGACAGAGAAGAAAUUAAAAAAUUGGUUUCAAUGGAACUACUCGGCAGUGGAAACUCAAUGGGGUACAGAAAGGUUUGGAAUGUAAUAAAGAAUUUGGGGAUUCCUGCUAAGCGAGCUACUAUCAUGGAAAUCAUGCGAGAAUUAGAUCCCGAAGGUGUGUCCACGCGGAGGAAAAGGCGGCUGAGGAGAAGGGUCUAUACAGUCCCUGGACCUGAUCACCUAUGGCACAUCGAUGGAUAUGACAAGCUCAAACCAUUCGGAUUCAGUGUACAUGGUUGUAUCGACGGGUUUUCGCGGAGAAUUAUUUGGUUAGAAGUAGGUGUAACCAAUAAGCAACCAGAAGUAAUCGCACAUUAUUACAUUCAAGCUGUGAAACAGAUGAAUGCAGUUCCCCUACGUAUUCGCUCCGACGACGGGACGGAGAAUAGUAUCGUAGAAGCUAUACAAAUUGCACUGCGCUCUGCUCAUGAUGAUGAAUUUCAAGGGUUGGCCAGCUAUUUAAUCGGGGCAUCAACGGCAAAUCAACGCAUUGAAUCCUUAUGGUCGCAAUUCCGAUACGACAGGAUUAUAUGGUGGCGAAAUUUUUUUAAGGAGUUAGUAGAUUUUGGAUUACUUGGCUCAGGUAAUCCAGUUAUAACUGAGUGUGUCAGAUACUCUUUCAUUCAUUUGAUAAGGAAAGAUUUGAAGGAAUUCGCGGAGAGAUGGAACAAACAUAUACUGGCGCCAAGUUCUAACAAAAUACUGCCUCGUGGUCGGCCGGAUACCUUAUACUUUGUACCAGAAAUUUUCAACUCUCAAUCCUUUAGAAAAGAAGUAGACUUAGCAGAAGUGGACGAAUUUGACGACCCACAAUUUUGCGUUUCCUUGCAAGAUAACAGCGCAGAAUUUUUAGAAUUCGCAAAAAUUGUUUUUGAAAUGAAUAAUGGAAGAAGUAACAGACGGCUAGAAAAAAUAACUGAGGCGUUUGAAGUUUAUAUUAGUUUAUUAGAAGCUGUGAACAAAUACAUGUAGAAUACAUGCUUAACAUUGAUUGAUUCAUCUUUAUUCAAUUCCUGUCCGGACGAGUCACAUAGUCGGAUAACCAACUGAAACGUAUUCUCAUUAAAGAAAUUCUUCCCAUUAUCUGGGAAGAAAUAUUUUAAAGAGAUGUCUUUAAGCUCCUCAAAAGAUGGAUCGUCUGCCGCCUCAAAUGUCGCAAAUCUAUGUCCACCACCCUCAGACUGCUUAACGGUAACAAAAUUGCCACAUAUGCCUUUUCUUUGGUAUCUCACUUGCACUUUCAUUGACUUUGAAGACUUAGGUGUAUUUUGUUUGUUCGGCGUUUUCUUUUGUAUUUGAUUCAGCAAUUUAUUAAGGCGUACUUCAGUCUUCUCCUUUUUAGGAUGGGAGGAUAGUUGAGUGUCUCCAUUAGUUUCUCUGCUGCGUUUAGCAUUAGGGUUACUGCCGAUAGAAGGGUUGGUGGUGAUGGUGGUGCAGCUUGCGGUAACAUGACUGUUGA